AUGAACCUCCACUUCACCUCCCCAGUGCAUCCCGUCUCCGCGCCAAGGCCGACCUCCUUCUUCAUCGAAGACAUUUUGCUCCACAAGCCCAAGUCCUUGAGAGAGGUCCCUCCAGAGCACUUCUCCAGCCCCUUAGCCUCCAGGGUUCCCCUCCUGGACUAUGGAUACCCUCUGAUGCCCACACCUACCCUCCUGGCGCCCCAUCCGCACCAUGCGCUCCACAAGCCUGAGCAUCACCAUCCGUACUUCUUAACCACCUCGGGCAUGCCCGUGCCCGCCCUCUUCCAGCACCACCCGCACGCCGAGCUGCCCGGUAAGCACUGCCGCCGCCGCAAAGCCCGCACCGUCUUCUCCGACUCGCAGCUCUCCGGGCUGGAGAAGAGGUUCGAGAUGCAGCGCUACCUGUCCACCCCGGAGCGCGUGGAGCUGGCCGCCGCCCUCAGCCUCUCUGAGACGCAGGUAAAAACGUGGUUCCAGAACAGAAGAAUGAAGCACAAAAAGCAACUGAGGAAAACCCAAGACGACCCGAAGAACCCCAGCGGGGAGGAGUGCCUGGAGCAGAGCUCGAGCGAGCCUGAACUGACCGACAAAGCCAGCUCGGACCCCCGCAAGGCCAGCCAGCAGCCCGCCUUCCUGCUGGAGGAGAACGAAGAUGAGGUGGACAUCAUUGAGGAUGGGGAUAUUUGCGCCCCCCCGCAUCUAAUAUAG